AUGAUAAAAGGAAUAAGGGAUCAUAAUCAAAAGAAAGGAAAGACCCCUCUGACUAUGGUGAUGGUCCCUCACGGGUACCAAAUACUUAUCCAGUGCCAGGAGAGAUUGCUGACCCAGCAGAAAUGGGUCACUGGGAAUCAUUUUUUUAAUGAAUAUAAUAUGAUUGGGGUAUCAGAUGAGUUCAAUGAGAUAUAUUUGGAAUUAUCAACUGAUAAUUUAGUACAAGCAUUAAAAUCUUCAUCAUCUGCUAAAACCUUAAAAAUAAAGUUAACUAAAAAACAUGCUCCUUGUCUUACGUUAGAAAAUGAAUUGCCUUCACUUUCUUCUUAUUCACGUUUGGUAAUUCAUGAUGUACCUGUUCGUGUUAUACCAGUUAGAUUUUGGGAUGAAUUUCAAGAACCAGAAAUGUUACAGUUUGAUGUUUCUCUCUAUAUGCCACCACUGAAGAUUGUCAGAAAUAUAAUAGAUCGAAUGAAAAAUCUUGAUUCAUUUGUGACUCUGUCUGCUAGUCCUGAAGGAAUUUUAGUAUUACAAGUUGAAAAUGAUAUUGUGACAGUCAAGACACGUUUUACGAAUUUGGAGAUUCCAAGUGGAACUGGUCAAAAUGAAGAUGCAGAUCCUGAACUUCCUGCUGAGGUUAGGGUUAACAUAAAAAAAUUAAGCCAGUUCUUGUUUGGCGAACAGGUGAAUCCAUUAAGAGUUAUAUGCAAUAUCAUUCAUAACAAAAUGAUUCAUUUUUUCCUACUACAUGAUGAUGUUUCUCUGCAAUUCUUUCUUCCUUGUGUUUCACAUUGACACGUAAAAAUAUUUGUGAAUAAUUUUAUAAGAAAUGUUUAUAACAGUAUUUCUAUGUAUAAAUGUUUUUUGAAAAUUAUUAUUAUUAUUUAGAUUGUUAAAAGUACAAAAGAA